CUCGGUUUGGCGUCUAACCUAAAAUUAGGCGCGCAGUGUUGUUUUUUUGUCGGCCGACGUUUUUGCAAAAUUGUAGACAAUUUCGCAAGGCGACGUAAUUUCUUGUUUAUUUAAUUAGUUAAGAAGAAGGACCGCAUAAUGACGGACUCGUUGGAGUACAACGACAUAAACGCCGAAAUGCGCGGUGUUUUGUCCUCAGGACGUCUAAAGCUUACCGACCAGAACAUCAUAUUCAAGAACACAAAGACCGGCAAGGUGGAGCAGAUCUCUGCGGAGGACAUAGACCUCAUCAACUCGCAGAAGUUUGUGGGCACCUGGGGACUGAGGGUGUUUACAAAGAGCGGGCUGCUCCACCGCUUCACUGGCUUCCGGGACAGCGAGCACGAGAAGCUGGGCAAGUUCAUCAAGGACGCCUACUCGCAGGAGAUGGUCGAGAAGGAGAUGUGCGUCAAGGGCUGGAACUGGGGCACUGCCCGCUUCAUGGGCUCCGUCCUGAGCUUCGAUAAGGAAAAUAAAACCAUCUUCGAAGUGCCCCUGUCGAACGUUUCGCAGUGCGUCACCGGAAAAAACGAAGUCACCCUUGAGUUCCAUCAGAACGACGAUGCCCCUGUGGGCCUGCUGGAGAUGCGGUUUCACAUUCCCGCCGUCGAGUCGGCCGAGGAGGAUCCGGUGGACAAGUUUCACCAGAACGUCAUGAGCAAGGCCUCGGUCAUCUCGGCUUCGGGCGAGUCCAUUGCCAUAUUCAGGGAGAUCCAGAUCCUCACGCCGCGCGGUCGGUACGACAUCAAAAUCUUCUCCACCUUCUUCCAGCUGCACGGCAAAACUUUCGACUACAAGAUCCCCAUGGACUCGGUGCUGCGGCUCUUUAUGCUGCCGCACAAGGAUAGUCGGCAGAUGUUCUUCGUGCUAUCCCUGGAUCCGCCAAUCAAGCAGGGACAGACUCGCUAUCAUUACCUAGUACUACUGUUCGCUUCCGAUGAGGAGACUACUAUUGAACUGCCCUUCUCCGAGGCCGAGUUGCGCGACAAGUACGAGGGCAAGCUGGAAAAGGAGAUUUCUGGACCUGUGUACGAGGUAAUGGGCAAGGUGAUGAAGGUGCUAAUCGGCCGGAAGAUUACCGGACCCGGCAACUUCAUCGGACACUCGGGUACGGCCGCCGUCGGCUGCUCCUUUAAGGCAGCCGCUGGAUAUCUGUAUCCCCUGGAGCGGGGGUUCAUCUAUAUCCACAAGCCACCACUACACAUCCGCUUCGAGGAGAUUAGUUCGGUUAACUUCGCGCGCAGCGGCGGCUCCACUCGCUCUUUCGACUUUGAGGUGACUCUCAAGAACGGAACAGUGCACAUUUUCUCCUCGAUCGAGAAGGAGGAGUAUGCCAAGCUCUUUGACUUCAUCACACAGAAGAAGCUGCAUGUGAGCAACAUGGGCAAGGACAAGAGCGGCUAUAAGGACGUGGACUUCGGCGACUCGGACAACGAGAACGAACCGGAUGCCUACCUGGCUCGCCUUAAGGCCGAGGCCAGGGAAAAGGAGGAGGACGACGAUGACGGUGACGACUCGGACGAGGAGUCCACGGAUGAGGACUUCAAGCCAAACGAAAACGAGUCCGAUGUGGCCGAGGAGUACGACAGUAAUGUGGAGAGUGAUUCGGACGACGACAGCGAUGCAAGUGGAGGCGGAGAUGGCGAUAGCGACGGCGCCAAAAAGAAAAAGGAGAAGAAGUCCGAGAAGAAGGAGAAAAAGGAGAAGAAGCACAAGGAGAAGGAUCGAACAAAAAAAUCCACCAAGAAGAAGGACUCCGGGAAACCGAAGCGUGCGACCACUGCCUUCAUGCUCUGGCUGAACGACACGCGCGAGAGCAUCAAGAAAGACAAUCCCGGCAUUAAGGUUACCGAGAUUGCCAAGAAGGGCGGCGAGAUGUGGAAGGAGCUGAAAGACAAGUCCAAGUGGGAGGAGGCGGCCGCUAAGGACAAGCAGCGCUACCAGGACGAGAUGCGCAACUACAAGCCUGAAGCGGGCGGCAGCGACAACGAAAAGGGUGGUAAAUCGCCCAAAAAGCGCAAGUCGGAGCCUUCCCCAAGCAAAAAGGCCAAUACCUCAGGCAGUGGCUUCAAGAGCAAGGAGUAUAUAUCUGACGACGACUCUACCAGCUCCGAUGAUGAGCCCUCCAAGAAAAAAAAUAAUUCCACAUCCGAUGGCGAUGCCAACAAGAGCAAGGCGAAGAGCGAAAGCGAGGCGGAGGAGAGCGAGGAGGCCAGCAAUGCUAGCGAUGAAGAUGAGGAUGAGGAAGAUGAGGCCAGUGAUUAGGCCAAUAAAGAUAAGCAGAUAAUUCCACAAACACGUCUCACUCACUCAUGCCCCAAAUCUAGUUUAUACACCCCUAGUUCUAGUUAUGUGCUGCUGUUGGAUACAGACCAAUAAGAGUUGUUUUCUAAAUAAAACUCGACAACAAAUCGAAAGUUCAUGUAAUUAAACAGAAUCGAUAAAUGCCCAUAA